CGGCAGUUGCACGUUGACGGCGGGACAGAAGAAAGUGUCGUGUACGUUGUUGUUGCUCAGAGACAGAUUAUGUACUCAGUUUUAGCGAUAAUCAAUCUGUCAGAUUGCGAGGACAUGGUUUCGUUAAAAUGCUGCUGAAGAACACGGAUUUUUGGUGGUCAGGGGUGCACAGACGGAAUGAAGAAUAAAAAACCAAAGGGUACCAAAGUGGGGAACAAGAGAAAGAAAGUCCCCAGUGAUAUUUCGCCAUCUACAAGUCUGCCUCCACUGGUGGAGGGGCAGGUGCGAUGCUUUCUCAGAGUGACAGUUGGCAGGGUUCUAUGGACCAUUCCGAAACCACCGGCGGUACCUCUGGUCAGGUUGCGGUGGUGGGGAGAGUCGUCCAGUGGAACCCAUUUUCGCCCACGGGACGGGUCUACUACAGACCAGAGAGGAGCCAAGACAACAGUCCGAUUUGCCAUCCGCUGCGGACCGAAGCAAUUCACCUCUUACUUGACAGAUAUGGGAGUUUUGGUGUUGGACGUUUUGACAAACCCAGACCAUUUACCAUUUGGUCGAGUCCAGGUUUCUGGAAUUGCCCGACUCUCUCUGUCCCAGUCUAUUAGUGGAUUCUUCACGUUGGUGUCCCCAACCUCUGAAAAGCUGGGAGAGUUGCAGGUUUCUCUCAAUCUGGAGCCCCUGCUGGAAGCGUACGACAGCUGCAGUUCCGUUCACACCACGGACGCCAGCGUGGACACAGCGCUGUCCGUGCCAGCCCCCCUAUCCAAAGCCCCACCUCACCAGGAGGUGCUGGUGGUGCCGGCUCUGUCCCGCCCCCUGACCACCAACGGCGGGAGAGAAUCGGUGGCUAGCAGCACGGCUAACACACCCAGAGGGAAAGAUCACUUGUACUUCCAAGAGACAAUUAAUGGCCAAGUGGGGUCCAGUUCAGCAGCUCCAAGGACUGUGGCCUUCCCUGGGAAUGGGCAUCCAGUCUCUCAGUAUGAAGAAGAAGAAAUGAAAAACAGAGAUCAAGUGUCAAGGCAAGAGUCUGCAAACGGCCAGAACUCCAAGGACAUCCUUUCAGUUCUCUUAGACCGCGGCAGCAAGCUUAGAAAUGCCAUGGUGGUUUCGGCUCUGAAGUCUAACCUGGAUUCUGACCUGACUCUGAAGGACAUCCCACUUCCUGUGUCGAAAGACAACAUCAUCACACCGCCUUUGUUGCAGCCCAGGCCCUCCUCUGGGAAGUUACUGGAGAAUCUUCUUCACUCUGAGCCCAGUGUGUUUCCCAGCUCUGGUGGACUGCACUCACCCAAGCACCCAAACACGGACCUCUUCGCUGACGCGGAGAACAGGGCGGUCGAGCUGCUCAUGGGCAGCGUGGAUGGGUCGAGCUUAUGGGACCGGGACAGCUCCCCGUUGGAGUUCCUCUCUGGGGGCAGCAGUGUGUUGGCGGACAGUGAGCUGAAUGACCCGCUCCAUGACGAGAGCCUGCUGGAGACCCUGUUCUACAAAUCUGCUAAACCUGAUGGCAGUCAGAGUGACUUCACUGCAGAUGAAGAUGAUGGCCUGCCCAUGAAGAAGAAACAGAGGAAGACGCAUGCUACAGGAAAGCAUGAGGAUGAGCAGGAACCAAGGUGUUCUGGCAUGAUGAAGAGUGGCAGCCUGAGUCUGCGAGACUCCAAGCGGACUCCAGAGGAGCGCAGCACCCUGGCUGAUCUGAGUGCAGACCGCAUCGCUGCACUGGGCCGAAUCCACCUGGCCAGGGUGCUCAUCCACUCUCUCACCGUCCCCGCUGACAGCACCCCUGCCACGCCCCACAAGGCCCUCGGCAAGGGCAAACCACCCCGUCCGCACCCCCCCAGGAAAUGCUCAUAUUUUGUGGAGUAUUCGUUUCCAGUAGCGCCUUCUAGACAUGAUGCCAAACAGGUAGCCGUGGGAUCGGAAGUGACUCGAGUAGCCUCCUGUAAAGUUUCUGGAGGGGUUGUGAAGUUCCAGCAGCGGACUGUUUUCCCAGUUCAGUUUAGUGAGGCCGCUAUCAAACACUGGUGGGGCACCGAUCUCACCUUCAAGAUCUACUCCCGAGAAAGGUUCCAAAAGAAACCCGUAGCCUAUGGCAGAGCGGUGUUCCCCCUGCUCUCUCUGCUGAGCAGCGAGCAGCUGAGCCAGGCCAAAGCCUUGCCCGUCCUGUCCCUGGAGGGGGGCAGAGAGGAAGAGGAAGUGGGGAAGCUCAAGGUGUCGUUGGAGCUCGGUGCAGUCAGCAAAGAUUUCUCCCCAGCCAAAGCCAGAGGCAGCAGUCAAAGUGGCACAGAGCCCUCGAAUGCCGCCCCUAACCCCCCGAGGACAGCCACGCCCACGGACGACAUCAUCAGCACCCAACCGCCGAGGUGGGACAGGGACAGGGAAGAGCCCCCUGUGGGAGGAAUUGAGUGGGAGGGGGGGCGCCCUGCUUCUGCUGCGCCUGCCCCUGCGGGAGGAAUCGAGAGGGAGGGGGGCACCCCUGCUUCUGCUGCCUGGGGGGUCCAGGACAGCGAGGUAGUGAGGCGCCCUCCGCCCUCCCACCCCCCGGCCCCCCUGAGCUCUCCAGGCAGGAGGCAGCCGCAGCGGCCGGCUGAGACAGAGGGCGGGGCGCUGCUGCACACCCUGCUCCUGGUGCCCGACGGGAGGGAGUUCACCUGCAGCCCCACGCCGCCCAACGUCUACCUCAACUGCAAGAUGUUCGGCUCUGACGAGACCACGAGAUCAGCGGUCAGCUGGGGCCACAGCCAUCCCACUUUUAACUUCAGCCAGGUGGCUCCAGUCGUCCUGUCCCCCAGACUGCUGGAGAGGAUGAGGAAUAACGUGAUGGUGAUUGAGGUGUGGCAGAAGGGUGGUUUGGGGCAGGAUCAGCUCCUGGGCCUGGUCAAAAUGCCCCUGCAGCAGUUUUACAUGUCCUUCAGAGAUCCAAAGAUUUCCCAACUGUUGCUGGGAGUGCAGUACCCUGUGGUGGCGGUGGACAGCUACAUGCCUGUCAUCGACGUGUUUUCAGGCAGCACCCGGGGCAGCCUUCGCGUCCUUCUGGCCAUGGGGCUCGCAGAGCAAAUCGUGUCCUUGCAGCGGAUGAGGGAUGAAGACCAUGUAUCAGUGCCUCACCCUCCAAGACCAGCGCACACACUGGACCAGAGGCAGCAAGUGGAGCCAAAGGUGAGCGAGCCACAGGAGGAGACCACGAUGGAGCACGUGUUCGAGAUGACGGUGGAGAGGGUGAAGGGUCUGACCCCCCUGCAGUCUACUGUGUGGGGGGAGGCUGACUGCUACGUACAGUACUCCUUUCCCACGCAGGAGGAGGACCCCACCGGAGCCCUGGACUCACACACCAUAGAGAGCAGUGUGUGCCUGAGGCAGUUCCGCACGGGCACCGCGCUAUGCGUGCCCGACCCCGUGUUCAGCCACAGCCAGAGCCACGCCCUGCUGGCCCCGGCGGGGGUGCCAGUGCAGAGGCUCCUGCUCAGCUCCUGCUCCAGCCAGGGCCCCUCCGCCAGAGGAGGAAUCCCCUUCCAGGUCUGGUGCAGGUAUUACUACCCCAAUGUCAGAGACCAGCUGGUGGCCAAAGGGCUGCUUCCCCUGUCCAAGCUGUGCGCCAUGGUGACGAUGCAGACACACGAGCAGACAGGACCCCAGGUGUUCUCCCUCCCGCUCCUGCCCCAAACUGAGAUUCUCGCAGGGCACCACCCUCAGCCGUCAGGGCUGCUGGAUGUGUGUGUCCGUUACAAGCCCCAGCCAAUGAGAGCCCACGGUCUGAAGGAUGGGGCGGUGGCAUCCCGGGUAAUAGCCCUGGCAGUUCAGGUCCACCGAGCAACAGGUCUCCAGGCAGCAGCACGGAUGCUGGCGAGGCGGGACGAGUCUCUCCGCUACCACGCCGACGUGGGGGUGAACGCCUACGUGACGGCGCAGCUCUCCUUCCUCCCGGAGAGGGAGAGGAGGAGCACGCGCGUGGUGGCCCGCUCCUUCUGCCCCGAGUUCGACCACCACACGGAGUUCCCCUGCAACCUGCUGGUGCAGAGCGGGGGAGGGGGGAGCCGGAGCCUGGCCGAGCUGCUGGAGGGGGCUAACGCCGUCUUCACCGUCUGCCACCGCAGCAGCAGGAAGGGCACGGAUAGCACAGCAUCAAAGGACACUGUACUGGGUACUGUCGCAAUUCAGCUGGGAGACCUGAUUCAUAAAAGGACAGGAAUCUCCGGCUGGUUCCCGGUCAGUCUGUCCCAGGACCCUGGGUCUCCCGGGGCUCCCCCUGCCCUGGCGGGGGGGCUGGAGGUCUCGGUUGGCUUCGCUCACCACGCCGACCGCGAGAGGGUGAUCAGCGCCGCCCGCGGCCUGGGCUGGGAGACGGGCGGGGAGGAGAAAGAGGAAGAGGAGGAUGAGGAGGAGGAGAGCGGGGGGACGGUCACGCUGUCUCUGGCCACACCCAGGCUGUGGCUCCCCCUGCACUGCCUGCUCCUGCCGGGACACCGAGCCCUGGAGCGCUCCACCUACUGCUACCUGCGCUACCGGCUGUACGAGGAGCCGGCCUACUGCUCCCCCCUGCGCCACCCCUCCGCGGGGGAGGACCGGGGCGUGGCCACGGUGGCGUUCGGGGACCCCCGGGCCGUGGAGCUGCGGCGCUCGCUGCCCCUGCGCUGGUACCUGCGCGAGGAGAGGCUGGAGCUCCAGGUGUGGGUGGCCUUCGGGAAGGACAGGAGGGCCAGGCCCCACGACACCGACCGGCUGGUGGGCUCCGCCUACGUGGACCUCUCCCCUCUGGCCAGGAGGACCAGGAGCAAGCUGAGCGUCAGCGGUGUGUACCCUCUUUUCAGACGCUCGUCUCCUGACCUGGAUGGCGCGGCCCUGAGGGUGCACAUCACUCUGACCCCCACGCGGGACACUGCCCUCUCUGAGCCGCCCCUCCCCCGUAGCGACAGCGAGGAUGAGCGGGGGAGACCAGGGGCGCUCUACUCCGCUGAGGAGGAGGAGGAGGAGGAGGAGGAGGAAGGGCCCCCGCCCCAGGUCGCAGCUGCCUCCCGCCAGUCCGGCUCCCACAGCCGACACCGGACAAAGUGGACCGUGAGCCCCGAGGCCCUGCCCUCUCAGGACGCCAGCGCAGAGGACACGUUCGCAGUGACCGUGACCGUCGACAGGGCCAUGCACCUGAGCCUGAAAGGUAGCCCCCUGGCAGAGCGCAGCGGAGGGAUGCCCAGUUGCUGUGUGUCCUUCGCGACAGCCGACGCUGAAACUCCCGUCACCACGCCCGUGGUGCCGGAUAACAGCUGCCCAGUGUGGGACCACCAGUGGGUGGGCAGACUUUCACAGGAGGUCCUUGUGGAUCCGCAGCAGACGAUGGUUUUCAAAGUUUGGCACAAAGGAGACAUGGAGCGGGUCAUUGGGUUCGCGUCCGUGGACCUGUCCCCACUGCUGUCCGGGUUUCAGUCAGUGUGCGGCUGGUACAACAUCACAGACUUCAACGGGCAGUGCCAGGGGCAGCUAAAAGUGGCCGUCUCCCCCAUGAAAGGGGUCCGGAACCUCAGGGGACAGAGGCAGGCAGCUCACGAGGAUGGUGCCAAGGACCCAACGUCUCUGUUCCAGAACCUUCCCAUGUGCUACCACACCUCAGCCAUGUACACGAGAUUCCCGGCCCACCUCGCCCGCUACCCCGAGCAGAAGAUCAACACCUCUCCUGAGCAGGUGGAGGCGCUGUUGUCAGGAAGGUCCAGUGUGAGUGACCGCCUUGAGGAGCACGUCCGCAAUGUGCGCGUUUUCCACCAGAGUCUGCAGAACGGAGAGCGGGCCCCCCACAGCGCUGCCCCCGCUGACCUCCCACCCUCCAGCUCCACACUCUUCUCAGCGCUGAGGAAAAACCUGAGCGAGCUGGAUGAUAUUCAGCGCUACUUCAGCCGAAAGCUGACCACGCCCACAUUCCCCAGCCUCCCCGAGCAGGCCCCGCCUCCCAGGCCGGACGAGCACAGAGACUCCGAGACGGACAGCGCUCAGCUGCUGCUCCGGUCCAGUCGGCUGGUCGGAGAGGUGAACAGCCUGAUCGGCGAUCUCCAUGGACACCACCACAGUGGCCCCCGUGAGAAUUCCCAGGGCAUCUCCGGUCUGGCCAACACACUUGAGCACCACUUACUGUCGAACUGGAACCGCUUUUCAGCGGUCAAGCAGACUGAAGCCCAACACGGCCCGAGUGAAGGGCUGGAGACUCCUGAGGACAGAGGGCCCCCCUCCUGCUCCCCCGUCCCGCAGGGCAGGGACGAACCCAGCGACGUGCAGGGAGGCGCAGAGGAGGUCCGCCGCGAACACGGCAGCCUGUCGUCCGACGAGGGCGAGCGCUGGUGCGGAGACCUGGAGGAAGACGAGGGAGAGGAGGAGCGGGAGUACGAGGAGACCGUGAUCGAGCCCAGAACGCUGAACGAGGUCACCGUGGCCACGGACAGGACCAGCCCGUGGACGAGCCUUCUGUCCGAACCCGACCUGGGCUCCCUGCAGAGCCUGGAGGACCUGGAGGAGCAGCCCGGCCCAAGCCAAGAGGCGGAGGGCAGGGGAGGAGGUGCUGAGGAGGUGGAGAUCAGUAGAGGAGGUGUCCAGCAGGCAGAACCCUUGUAUGACAGGAGUUGUGAGGAGCUCCUGGGCGUCACUCCGGAGGAGGAUCCGCACACGGACCACACGCUUUCGGACGAGUCCGAUCCGGACGAGGCCAGAGUGAGACACCUAGGCCCGCGGACUUCUGCCGCUCCUCCCCAGGAUCUGUCACCAGGCGACGAGGAGGCCCCGAACGAGGGCGAAGAUUCAGAGGAGGAGAGGGACACUGCCUCACCUGCUCCACAAAAUCUUUGGGAAGAGAGGGACAGCCGUCCGUCGGAAAAGGAAAACUCCAGUGCAGAGGACAAGGAGAGCAAGCGUCCUGAUCCUGUUGAUAUCCCAAAUUUCUUCCUCUCAGCCCAGCACCUGGAGGCCUCGAUGCGGGCCAUGCGUUUGGCUCCCGUUUUCCCCAGGCCCCUCACUGACACUGGAAAGAAGUCUGGUCAGCAGGGGAUUUCAUUAACGAAAGCCCCACGGCCACGACCCAGCAUACCUCCCCCCUCCGCUAUGAACCGAGAGGAAGCAAGAAGGAUCGCCAAGAUCUUUUCAUCCCGUUUUACAGAGGAGAAAUAGCACUUUUAAACCACUUUUGUUUCUUUCUCUGAAUGUAUAGUGUGUUUGUAUAUAAUGUUGGCAGUAUAUUAUUUGCCAAGUCUGAUCUGAAGUCUCCCAUGCUUAUUUUACUUGUCUGAUUAUGUUCAGAUUCCAUCUUUGUACAGUAAUUUUUAAAUAAUGUAAAGGGUAUAAAUAGGUAAAUUUAUUUUGUUCAUGCAGUAUUUCUGUUUUUUUGUUUUUUUUAAUAUAAAUUAAAAUAAAACGGUUUGCUGUGAAA